GAUAAUUAAGUUGUGUUCGACUGUUUUACCUAUGACACAGUAAACCAUUUAAUGCUAUAGUUCACUGGACAUUGGUUCCUAUAUCGUCUGCAAAAGUCUGCCUUUUUUUCCAGGAGGAAUAUUCUAUAUAGCACGUACAGCGCGUGCAUGGCGAUCACGGACGGUCGGAUUAAGGGAUCCAUGGUGGUGAUCUUGUAGUCAGUGCGAGCUCGAACCGCAUGACCUGCAAGACAUUAAGAUUUCAUAUGAAAGAUAUCUGUUGUUUUUUUUUAUAUUAUAAAAAAAAGGUGUGAACGUGGAGGGGGUGCUGAAGGCGAAGAAAAAUGAUACAUCAUGCAAUUAGUCAAGACGGUGCGCACGUACAACCAAUCUCCGAGCACAGGCCUGUUACAUCAGACGGACCACAGCAAUCCAAGGUAGUUAUCGUUGAUAAAAAUAAAGAUGAAACUUGUAGCUAUAGAUUCCUUCCCUUGUGUGGAUUCGUUUGUAGUUCUUUUUUUGGCAGGGAUACGUGUGUGUGUAUAAAUGAAAACGUCUUUAAAAACAGAUCGAACGUUUAUUGUGGCGCAGCUGACUGAUAUAGCGGAAUAAUACAAGGGUUAUUUAAAAUUAUUUAAUUUCAUGGUAUCAUCAGCACUUCUGUUCUAAAACUAUAAAAUAAACACACAGAUUGCCACUAUAUAUACUGCAAGGCAGUGAGAGUGGGGAAUCGAUAUUAUGCAUGUAUCCAUCCCCGGGCCAUGCUUAGGGGCAUGCAGACGAUCGAGGCAUUUGCCUUAGGCUCCACGUUUUUGAUUAAUAUAGUAACUAUAUAUAUAUUGGCUCCAAAUUAAUCCAUAUGCCUGAUCGGGCCCCGCGGGGGCUAAGAACGGCCGGGUCUGUCCAUUCCUACUGAUUAUACAUAUAUACUUUACUAUAUAGUUCUCGGGUCGACAUAAAGGAUGCUUGUUGUUAUAAAAGAAUUUGCGGGAGUGAUCUGUAUGGCAUUAUUGGAGCCUAUACAACGAUUUUUAUACUGUUUCACUUUACUCGCUCGUCACCACUACAAUGAGGGUUGUAAAUUCGUGAUUUCUAGCUUCGGGGCACACGUACUUCUCACAGAGCUGGCCAUCAGUGGUUUUCUCCCCUUUAGUACUCUUUAGGUCAAAAUCACCACGUGAAGCAGGUGACACCACAGGUGACAUCUACCAAAGGCCUUCAGUGGUUAUUGUCAAUAGGUGAAUAUAACGACCAGAAAAAAUACUCUCAGCCUUAUAACAGAAGACAGCAGGACGGACCCUCAAAGGGCUCCUACGCAAACCACAUGGACAGCUUGGAUUUGCCAAAGGGUGGUCAGGGGCCGCCUGCUCCAGACAACAAAGAUUCUAAACUGACACUGAAGCAAAACUUUGGCUUUAUCCGAGGAACAUCGCUUGUAAUUGGAUCUGUCAUCGGUUCUGGAAUCUUCAUACUUCCUCAGAACAUCUUGAGGCUGACAGGGUCUGUGGGAUUGAGUCUUGUGGUGUGGGGACUAGGAGGUGUGAUUCCUUUCUGGGUGCGCUGACGUACGCCGAGUUGAACAGCGUGGUGAGCAAGUCCGGCUUGACGUACGCUUACCUUCACGACUGCUAUGGUCGUCUUCCCGCUUUCCUCUUCCUGUGGACCUCAGCCACCGUCAUCGUCCCCUCCAUGAUCGCCAUAUCAGGCUUGGCCUUCGCUGACUACUUGCUGACGUUGGCCCCAGUGUGCGGCCCGCGGCCUGAACUGAUUGUCAAGCUGUGUGCUGUGGCCAUGAUAGUGACUCUAAUGGUGAUCAACUGCAAAAGCAAUGAUGUAGCAGCCCCUGUGCAGGUGAUAUGUACCAUCCUCAAAAUCCUGGCCCUUCUUGUCAUUGUCUUUGGUGGUAUCAUCAGGAUGGCCCAGGGGUGGACAGCAGAGCUAAGGCAAGGGUUUGACAACUCCACUAAAGAAUCAGUUAACAUUGCCUUGGCAUUCUAUUCUAUCAACUACUCCUAUGCUGGAUGGAGCAAUGUCUUUACCAUCUUUGAAGAAGUUAAGAACCCCAAAAGGAACCUACUUGCUUGUAGUGGUGUGGGGAUUCUGGUUGUUACUGUCCUCUACAUUAUGGCAAAUAUUUCAUUCUUAACAGUCUUGUCCAGGAAGGAAAUGAUGACAAGCUCUGCUGUUGCUGUGGACUGGGCUGAUGUUGUAUUGGGAUCAGCAUCAAUCACAAUGCUUUUGGCCAUAGCAGUAUCAACAUUUGGUGCUGCGGCUUCAAGUCUUUUCACGGGGUCAAGAAUAAUAUUUGCAGCUGGAAGAGAUAAUGUUAUGCCAGAGUGGCUCAGCUUUCUUCAUGUCAAUAAUUUGUCACCAGUUCCUGCCAUUUUGUUUACAGGCAUACUAGCCAUCAUUUUUGUGAUUCCUGGGGGAAUCGGUAACAUCAUCAAUUUCCUCAUGUUUCCCAUGAACAUUCUGGACUUCUUAUCAACAACAGUUCUCUUUGUGUUUCGUAAAACAAAACCAAAUGCUCCACGUAUCAUCAAGGUACCACUGCUAGUGCCAUGUCUGGUGUUGGCAUACACAUUGUUUUUGCUGGUUACACCACUUGUUCUAAACCCGCGCAUGGAGUUUCUUUAUGCCACAUGUUUUGUGGUAGCUGGUGUACUUUUCUAUGUGCCUUUCAUUCACUGUGGUUUCAGGAUAAACAGGCUUGAUGGAGCUGUAGCAAAACUGCAAUUAUUACUUCAAGUGUCACCAGCAACAUACUCCAAACUGCAAUAGUCAGCGUGGUUUACGUAUCUGAGUUUUGGGUUGAUAAAGCUUUGGUCUAUUAAUGUUAAAUCUUAAGUUUUUGGCUGACUAAAUGUGUGUACCAAGCUAAUUUUCUACUUGUACAAUAAAACAGAGACAACCAAAACUAGAUUCUGUAUUCAGUGGUGUGGUGUUACCAGCUGAUCAAGACGCAAACAACUAGACCUGUGCAUCAUAAACAUUUUAAUUUUAGAGACAUUACAUAGACAUUAUACAUGUUUGAUCUAAGCCAAAAUGUAAUACACUAGAGUAUGACCCACAAACAGUGAAACUUUUGGCAAAUGUGUAGCAUAUGUAUGAAAAAGUGUGACAACUGAAACUUAGCUUUUAAUUCUCAGAAUGCUGAAAACACAUUGUAAAAAGGUAAAAACUUAAUCAUGAAGGAACUCACGGACUAGAUAAACGAAUUAUAAAAAUAUAGAGUAAUUCAACAGUCAAAUUGAGGACAACAGAUAAAUAUAAACAUAUAUAAUACAAACAUAAAAUAAAUGUGCCUUAGUAAUCACAGAAACCUAACUCAAUAUCAAACUACUGAAAGCUAAAGUUCUGAUUUGAAUUUAUCUCUGGUGGUGUACAUUAAACUCUAAUGGUAAAAUAAAGUAAAAAACUGCACUUUAUAUUUUUAAAUGCAUAUUCAAAAAGACAAAGCUAACAUUAGGAAGAUUAAAUUAUACCGAGUCUUCUAUCAAAACAAAAGCCAUUUAAAAAAGUACAGAAUUUAAGACCAUAACGUCGCAGGAAUUUUAAACUUUAAAAUGUAUUUUAUAAUGAUGUGGAUAAAAUGAUUUUUUAACCUCUUUGCAAAAAAAAAAAAAAUAAAUUAAAAAAAUGUUCAAACACGUGUACAUGUGUACAGAACAAGACUGCUCAUAUUUCAGUAGUUACUAUCCAUUAACUAAACACAUCUGAAAAUAAUUUUGAACUUGGCUUAGCCUUUAAGGUAAACAAAAAACCACAAUACUAACAACUUAACAUCUUAUAAAGUUGAUGGUCCACAGUUCAUUCCUGUAGAAUGAACAAGCUGUUACAUAUAAUAUUUAAACAUAAUUAGUGUUAGAAAAUUAAUAUAACACCAUUUUUGUGCAGUGUGCUUAAAUCUAGUUUCAAGACACCUCAGCAUAACUUUCCUAUAGUUCAAAUACUUUUCUUUUUAGUUUCUUUUCCAUUUUUUUCUCCUUAAAAAAUAAUUUUAAAAAAAAUGCCUUCAAAAGACCUCUUGUAGUAAAAUUAUUAUGAAACUACAGGGUGUAUCAAAACAGCUCAUUAUCUGCAUCAAUAAAAAUCAACAAAAUAAUUUAAUAUACCAAAGUAUAGAAGAAAAUUUAAAUCAGUGUACACAGCAAGAGGACAAAAUCGAUAAAGGGGGAUCGUGUAGAAGACUUUUUUUUUUUUUUUUACAAUAUAGAUUAAAACAAAGUUUUUCAAAUCAAGUGAAAGG